AGGAAUGCAUCUGCGUCCACAUCGGCCAGGCCGGCUGCCAGGUCGGAGAGAAGGUGUGGGAGCUGUUCUGCGAGGAGCACAAGAUCGGCCCCGACGGCAAGGCUGCGGACUAUUCCGCGGGGCUCAUCGACACGGACCCCGAACGAGAAGGCGACGAGGAGCACGCCUACGAGUCCUUUUUUAAUGAGACUUCUGGCAACCAGUUCGUGCCGCGAGCAGUCUUCAUCGACACAGACCCCGCUUCCAAGGACUGCCUCAGAGCCAGCCAGUUCAAGUCGUUGUUCCACCCGGACUGCAUGGUCACCUACAAGCGAUCGUGCAUGGGUGUCUUCAGCGAGGGUUUCACCAUGGGGAGAGAGUACAUGAUGGUGGAGAAUACCAUGAACACCAUAGACAAGGCGGUUGACUUGUGCGAGAAUCUUCAGGGAUUCUUCGUCAUGCACGCGGUUGGCGGUGGCUGCGGCUCGGGCCUAGCUUGCGCGCUACUGCACGAGAUGCGCGCUCGGUAUGCCAAGCAAAGCAUCUUCCAGCCGCUCAUCUAUCCGUCCCAGAACAUGGCGAACUCCAUAGUGGAGCCGUACAACUGCCUGCUGGCCACCCACCAGAUCCACCAAGAGAAGACGUGUGACCUGACGAUGCUGAUGGACAACGAGCAGGCGUACAAGGUUGCGAUGAAGAACCUGAAGAUCCCGAACCCGACGUUCUGCCACCUGAACAAGAUCAUCGCCCACGCCCGUCGGAUUUCCGGCACCACGACGUCCCUCAGGUUUCCGUGCUUGCUGAACGCCUCGCUCCAGGAGGUGGUGACCAAUCUGGUGCCAGACAGCAGGUACCGGUAUGCGAGUGUCUCAUUCGCUCCAAUGCGCAGCAAGAAGCACGCGCAGCACGAGAGUUUGUCGGUGGACGCCAUCGUCAAAGAGUUGUUCGAAGAGUACAACGCUAUGUGUGAUAUCAGGGAAACGAAGACCAAUAGAUAUUUGGCAGCUUGCAUUAUGCUCCGUGGUAAGGAGUUGGUAGAAAAUGAUGAGGGGAAAAAGGUACUGGGGCCUAUACAGGUGACGAGAGCUAUGAAGUCUGUGACGGCUAUGAGGGAGAGCUCCGCGUCGAGUCACCGCUCACCCGUAAAGUUCCUGCCUUGGGUCCAAGGCGGCUUCAAGGUUGGAGU